AUGCAAAAGAGCCUUUCUGCGCUAACGUACAAAAUCAAAACCGGGCUCGCGGCCCGCUAUGACUUGGUGCACCUCAAGCGAUGGGCCUUUAUGAUAGCGCUCUUGAGCUGUCUUUCGCUGGGCUCCAUCAUGCUAUUUUCGCUUUUUCUGCUGGCGCUUCACCACGCGGUGGGCCUCACGUAUACGCAGAUCAACCUCAUAGUGUCUUUUUCCGCCGUGGGCAUGUACUUGUGCUUGCCCGUGUUGGGAUAUUUGGCCGACUGCUACGGCCCGGCGCUCUUGUCGAUCAUCUCGAUAUGGGCGUUUUGCCCCGCGUACUUCGUGAAUGCCGCGGUUGUCCGGGCACUGGAAAACAGCCCCAGCGCCGCGGCCGACUUGUCCCGGGGCAGCGUGUUUGCCAUGGCCGCUAGCUUCUGUUUCAUUGGGCUUGCCACCAGCUCGCUCUACUUCUCCAGUUUGCUCACGUGUGCCAAGAUCUACCCGGACCACAAGGGCUUGGCCAUCUCCUUGCCCGUGAGCUGCUACGGCGUGCUGUCGCUUCUCGGCUCGCAGAUCUUGAAGCUCGACUACUUCCACGCAUCGCGCGACAUCUUGGACUUGUACAAGGUGUUCAUGUUCUUCUCCGUGCUUUACUUUUUCGUCGGGAUCUUGAACCUCGUGUCCAACCUGAUCGUGUCCAUUGAGCAGGACGUCAUUUUCAACGACUCCGAGCCGCUCCUAUCGGCCAUGGAGCUGGGCCCCGAGCCUGCGUUGACCCCGCAGUGUUCGGCCGUGGAACCGCCGCAUCACCGCGAGAGAUACGCCAGCUUUUUGCGCGACAAGUCCGCCUGGAUUCUCCUUGUGGCGCUCUUCUUUUCCAUCGGGCCCUUGGAGUGCUUCCAGAACAACUUGGGGCUGAUCAUCGAGGCCACGGCGGGCCCGUCCGUGCAGUUGUCGGACCAGGUCCUGGUCAUUGCCGCGCUGUCGACUGCCAUCCGGCUUUUUGUUGGGGUGAUGAUCGACUGGGUGUCGAGCGAAAAACGCAGGUACCCGGUGUGUAAGGUGUGGUUUUUGCUAGCGCUCAUGGCCGUGGGGAUCGCCGGGCAGAUCAUGCCCAUCUUUUCCAGCCGGUUCAGCGUCAUUGCGCUGUUGAACGGGAUCUGCUACGGGGGGCUAUUCACGGCGUUCCCCACCGUGGUGGCGUCCAUCUGGGGCGUUGAUUUGAUGGGCUCCACCUGGGGCUCUUUCAUGGUGGCGCCUGCAUUUGGCAGCAUCACGUUUUCGCUAUUGCAUGGCUACAGCAUGGAUCUUUGCGCGUCGGACAGCGGGGCGCUCGGGUGUCUCGACCGGUAUUUCAAGCUCACGGCCUCCUGUUUCUGCAUUGGCAUGGUGCUUAUUGCGGUUGUUUGGAGGGGCUUUUGGUGGAGAAGAGGCAUGAAAUGUUUUUAG